CCCCUUUCUUCUUCUUUAAAAAAUAUGUCUUCCGUGCCUCCUGGGGGUGGAGCCCCCAUCCCGGGCGUGGGCCCCGGCCGGGAAUCGGACUGGGACCUCCUGGUUCCGAGGUGGACGCUCAGCUCCGGAGCCGGCCGGCAGGCCGCCCCUCCGCUAGGAUCUGUGUACUAGGAGCAUCAGUUCCCGGAUGACUGACUUUUUUUCCUCUCUCCCCCCUUUCCUGCUGCAGCCGAAGGCGCUCAAGCUUCUGGGGAUGGAGGACGAGGAGCCCCCGGCCAAGGGCAAGCGGAAGCAGAAGCAGCGCGGGAAGGAGGCGGCCGCGGAGGGCGGCGCGGAGGACCCGGCGGCCAGCCGCUUCCGGCACCCGUUCCACGAGCUGACGGUGUGGGCCGUGCUGAUGCGCCGGCAGCGCAUGGCGCUGUUCCUCUGGCGGCGCGGCGAGGAGAGCAUGGCCCGCGCCCUGGUGGCCUGCAAGCUCUACAAGGCCAUGGCCCACGAGUGCGCCGAGAGCCAGCUGGUGGACGACGUGUCCCAGGACCUGGACGGCCACUCCAAGGACUUCGGGCAGCUGGCCGUGGAGCUGCUGGACCAGUCCUACCGGCAGGACGAGCAGGUGGCCAUGAAGCUGCUGACCUGCGAGCUGCGGAACUGGAGCAACUCCACCUGCCUCAAGCUGGCCGUGGCCGCCAAGCACCGCGACUUCAUCGCCCACACCUGCAGCCAGAUGCUGCUCACCGACAUGUGGAUGGGGCGGCUGCGUGUGCGCAAGAACCCAGGCCUGAAGGUCAUCCUGGGCAUCCUCCUCCCGCCCACCAUCCUGCUCCUGGAGUUCCGCACGCAGGACGACUUCUCCUACCAGACGUCCAAGGAGAACGAGGACGGCCGGGAGAGGGAGGAGGAGGCCGCGGACCCCAGCGCGGACGCCGGCUCCAGGAAGGGGGACGAGGAGAGCGAGCACAGGAAGCACAGGGGCAUCCCCAUCGGGACCAAGAUCUGCGAGUUCUACAACGCGCCCAUCGUCAAGUUCUGGUUCUACACGAUCUCCUACCUGGGCUACCUGCUGCUCUUCAACUACAUCAUCCUGGUGCGCAUGGAGCGCUGGCCCUGCCUGCAGGAGUGGGUGGUCAUCGCCUACAUCGUGAUGCUGGCCCUGGAGAAGGUGCGGGAGAUCCUCAUGUCGGAGCCGGGCAAGCUGAGCCAGAAGGUGAAGGUGUGGCUGCAGGAGUACUGGAACCUCACGGACCUGGUGGCCAUCUCCGUGUUCCUGGUGGGCGCGGUGCUGCGGCUGCAGCGGGAGCCCUACAUGGGCUACGGCCGCGUGCUCUACUGCGUGGACAUCAUCUUCUGGUACAUCCGCGUGCUCGACAUCUUCGGCGUCAACAAGUACCUGGGGCCCUACGUCAUGAUGAUCGGCAAGAUGAUGAUCGACAUGCUGUACUUCGUGGUGAUCAUGCUGGUGGUGCUGAUGAGCUUCGGCGUCGCCCGCCAGGCCAUCCUGCACCCGGACGAGGAGCCCUCAUGGCGGCUGGCCCGCAACAUCUUCUACAUGCCCUACUGGAUGAUCUACGGCGAGGUGUUCGCGGACCAGACCGACCGUAAGACUAGAAUCCAUAUCUACGCCAUGGAAAUCAACCCUCCGUGUGGCGAGAACCAGUACGACGAGGAGGGCCGGCGCCUGCCGCCCUGCAUCCCAGGCGCCUGGCUGACCCCCGCCAUCAUGGCCUGCUACCUGCUGGUGGCCAACAUCCUGCUGGUCAACCUGCUCAUCGCAGUCUUCAACAACACCUUCUUCGAGGUGAAGUCCAUCUCCAACCAGGUGUGGAAGUUCCAGCGCUACCAGCUCAUCAUGACCUUCCACGACCGGCCGGUGCUGCCGCCGCCCAUGAUCCUGCUGAGCCACCUCUACAUCAUCGGCCGGCGGCUCGGGGGCCGCUGCCGGAGGAGGCGGGGGGGCGAGCCGGACGAGCAGGACCGCGGGCUGAAGCUGUUCCUCAGCGACGAGGAGCUGAAGCGCCUGCAUGAGUUCGAGGCGCAGUGCGUGCAGGAGCACUUCCAGGGGAAGGAGGACGAGCAGCAGUCGUCCAGCGAGGAGCGCAUCCGCGUCACCUGCGACAGGGUGGAGAACAUGUCCAUGCGGCUGGAGGAGAUGAACGAGCGGGAGGGCUUCAUGAAGACGGCGCUGCAGACGGUGGACCUGCGGCUCUCGCAGCUGGAGGAGCUGUCGGGACGCGUGGCCGGCGCCCUGGAGGCCCUGGCGGGCAUCGACCCGUCCGAGCUCGCACGCGCGCGCUCCCGGGCCGCCUCCGAGUGCGAGGCCACCUUCCUGCUGCAGCAGAGCAGCGUGCACAGCGCCGACAGCGUGGGCGGCGGCCGGCCCCGCUUCCCCCUGCCCCCGGAGGAGCCGGGCUCGGGGCUCGGCACCAAGAGAGCCUGCUCCUUCCGAGGGCAGGGAGAGAAGGACCCCGGGGUGGGCCUGGCCCCGGGCAGGAGCGCCCCGGCCUCGCCCGGGGGCAGCCGGCUGGCCUCAGACCGCGGCCAGGACCCGCCGGGCCGGGCGAGGGGCAGGGAGGAAACGAAGGCCCUGCCCGCCGAGCAGACGUCGGAUUUGCAGGACGCGCAGCUCAGGGUCAGAGCGGCAGCAGUGACGGAGGUGGCUGCCCCCGGGCCUCCAGGAGACACGGACGGGCCCCGCCCCGGCCCCGACGAGGCGUCCGGCGCCUGUCACACCCUGGAGUCCGCGCGCGUCGUGUUCUCCCACGGCAGGAGGCUGGUGGGCGAGCCGGGGCCGUGCGGGCCGGGCGGGGGCCGGGCGUGGACCGCGGAGUGGACGUACCAGGUCCACAGGAUCACACGGUCCCGCAGCACCGACCUGCCCCCGUACGGGGAAGCCGAGAGGCUGGCGGAGGAGGAGGAGGCUCGCGGUGCCCCUGCUCGAGGGGUCCCCCUGGCCGUGGCCGAGCCCGCGGAGACGGGGAACCUGCUGACGGUGGGCGCGGGCCGGGCCCCGGGGUUCCCGUCGCUGAGGUCCAAGAGCUUGCACGGCCGCCCGGGGAGGGCUCCGGGCGCGCGGGCCUGGCUGGACGCCCCCGGUUACGCCGGCAGCCUGGGCAGCCUCGUGGCCGUGUCGAAGACGGAGGCCACACCUGCAGAAACGGAAUGCUGACGGGCCCGGCUGCUCCGGCUCCUGACGUCAGAGCCGCCGAGGACCAGCACCCUCUGGCCGGCCGGCUGAUGGUCACCAGGUUCCGAAGACGCCAGCCGGCCCGGAAGGCUCUCAGCGGUGUGGACGCGCCGCGGGCUCCCGUGUGUGCUCCCCGCAUUCCUCCGUGCGAACCCCGUCCCCAGGGUGGCUGUCUCCGGAGACACGGCCGGUAGGAGGUCAUUACGGACAGAUGAGGCCGUACAGGGAUGCGUGGCCCCGAGAAGAAGACGCCAGAGCCCGGCCAGCAUGCCCAGGAACCAGGAGGUUCCGGGUUCGAUUCCCGGACGGGGCACAGGCCCGGGUGGAGGAGGCGUGCAGGAGGCAGCGGGUCCGUGAUUCUCUCUCAUCG